UUGAAUUGAAAAAGUAAAGAAAAAAAAUGUCUUCUUGCACGGUUGCAAUCUCGAGCUCGCCGGUUUUCUCUCCGUCGUCGUCGUCUUCCUCCGUGUGCUCUCCGAAAGCUUCAUCUCCUCGGCUAUUUCGGCUGCAGAAAUCGAGCGGGCUCAUCAAGGCCCUCUCCGGCGCCGGAGAUUCGUCCCCGAUUUUGAAGAGGAAGAGGCCGCCAAGGCUCAACAUUCCGGUCUUCUGCGUGGACGAGAAGAAGGCGCCGGAGAAGUCGACGGAGGAGGCGGUGGAGGUGGAGGGAGAUGGGUAUUCCGUGUGUUGUAAGAGAGGAAGGAGGGAUGCGAUGGAGGAUCGUUACUCUGCUGCUGUGGGCAUCCAAGGUGACUCUAAGCAGGCAUUCUUUGGCGUUUUUGAUGGGCAUGGGGGUGCAAAGGCUGCUGAGUUUGCAUCUCAGAAUUUGGACAAGAACAUUAUAGAUGAACUAAACAGGAGGGGAGAUCACAGCAGCAUUGAGCUAGCUGUGAAGGGUGGUUACUUGACCACAGAUUCUGAGUUUCUCAAGACAGAUGUCCGAGGAGGGGCGUGCUGCGUGACAGCCCUCAUCACCGGGGGAAACUUAGUGGUAUCCAAUGCUGGUGACUGUCGUGCCGUGUCUAGCAAAAAUGGGGUGGCUGAGGCUCUCACCUCUGAUCACCGCCCGUCUAGGGAAGACGAGAGGGAAAGGAUUGAGAUGUCGGGCGGUUUUGUUGAGUGCCGGAAGGGUGUUUGGCGAGUGUUAGGAUCUCUAGCUGUUUCGAGGGCUAUUGGAGACCAAUACCUUAAACAAUGGGUCACAGCCGAACCAGAGACCAAAGUCGUUAAGCUUGAUCCAGAAUAUGAGUUUCUGCUCCUUGCUUCUGAUGGAUUAUGGGAUAAGGUUAGCAAUCAGGAAGCAAUAGACAUUGCUCGUCCAUUUUGCAUAGACGUUGAAGAGCCACAGCCGCUAUCAGCGUGUAGAAAGCUAGUUGAUCUCUCUGUUUCUAGAGGCUCUGCUGAUGACAUUAGUGUGAUGCUUAUUCAACUGUGGAGAUUCCAUUAACAAUUUGGAUGUGGAAUUGAGAAAAAUUAACAUAGAGAUGACAUGGUUUCGAAGCUCUCGGUGCAGCCGGGGUGGGAUUGAUGCGAAUGAAUCUUGACUCAAGUCUGAUCCUAAUUCUUUAGUGCUACAUUGAUUUACUGAUUUCAGCUGGAGGGGAGGAGGGGAAUAGUCUGAUUAUAAUUCUUUUUUUGGGAUAUUUGCUCAAGUUAUUUUGUAAAUUUGGUUGAUCCCAUUUAUUCAUUAAUUGGCAUUCUUUUAUUAGCCAUCA